AUGGGCAUAUGCUCUUCCUGUCUCGGGCGCAAUCGCGAUGGCGCGCCCUCCGACGAUGGCGAGACCUCCAGAUUGCUGUUCGACGAAGCUCACCCGAACCACUAUGGCAGUUUCGGAGACCAGAAUGUCGGGAUUGUGCAAGCUGACCCUCAGGAGGUUCAGCGCGAGACCGAGGCUCUGCAGAAGGUGGUAGCACAAACGUCUAAUCAUCUGGUCGAUAUCUUUGCUAUGGUUCCGCAGAGCGUCCCACCAACACCAGGCGGGGGCUAUCCGGCUCAGGAUGCACGUUUACUGCGGUACCAACACGUCCUGAAGAAGAUAUCUAACGAAGGACUGUCGGAUAAACCAACUGGUUUACCACUCGACGACACUACGAACGUCUCUGAUGGUUGGAUAUCCGAAGAGGAUGAUGCAGGGGCCAAUGAGGGCAGGCCCCCUGCCAAAUCAGCGGACGUUGGGCCGCUACUUGGAGGUUUCGCAGAUGCGGAGAAUGUGGAGUAA